CGGGUACUAGAUCUGUUGCCAGGUGCAUACUCUGACAACAUACGCACUUUGAUGCGGAUCGUGGACUUUCCGAAUAGCGAGUCCCGCAACUCGGCUUCUCAGUAUGAAGCAUUAUCCUACGUUUCGGGUGACUUGCAGAACAGACAACCGGUGGUCGUGAACGGCGUGCCAUUGGGAGCGACUCCGAGUCUGCGGAGCGCGUUACGCCAUGUCCGCUUGUCAAGCCAGAAGCGGACGAUCUGGGUCAACGUUAUUUGUAUCAAUCAGUGUGACAUCGAAAAGAGGUCCGUAAUGGUGUCGAAAAUGGAUGCUAUAUACAGCACUGCGUCUAGAGUGAUC